AUGGCCGCCCUCUUUUCGGUUCAGCAGCCAGAAAUGGCGAAGGACAGGUCUGAAGACAUGCGUUUCCUUUCGACCGAGAAAGCGCAGCUGGACGUUGAUAACACCUCAUAUGACCCCAUGGAUAUCAGUCCCAUCAAACCAUCCCCUGCGCGGCAACAACCAAGCACAAACGGGCAGUCGGCCGGCUUCAUCCCCCCCCAGAAAUCCACUGCAGGAUCGCCUCACCCCGGACUUACAACUUUUGACAAUCGCGCACCGCGUCUGGUAGCUUCAUUGGAUGAUCCGCAUCCCUGGGGAACGCUGUUCAGCUCCCCCUACAUCAGGCCUCGUUUCAGAUUCUCCCCGAAAUCGAAGGCUCCCAACCGCAUCAAGCAGAAUUCAAUCGCGAUCGUGCGGCCUGAUCUCAAUCGCGCCAAAAUACCUCUGUUGCCAAAGAACAACUCGACCUUCGUUGCAUUGAAUCGUGAGACGCGCCCUGUGGGUGCCAGACCGGCAGUCAAUGGUACUGGUCUCUUGACCGGUGGCAUCUCCAGCAAUCGCGGUCCGCUCCUGAACGGCUUCCAUCAACUCAACGCCCCAUCUGAAGGUAGAGAUCGCAAGGCUGAUCCUUUUACUUCCGUUCUAUUUGGUCCACCUUCUCUACCUCGUAAGAGAUCGGUCGAUGACGGUCCGAGCGGUGACCAAGCCCAUACAAUACCUGAAAGCUCGAACAACCUUCCUUCUGCCCAUUUUACCAAAUAUCGCCGUGUGGCUCAGAAGACUGGCUAUACAGCUACGCAAGUGACAUCUAGUGACGCUCGUUCCGAAACCGCCGACCUCCACACAACCCUUGGACAGGCGACAACUCAGCCCGGCGGAGGUCCCUUCAUCACUCGCCCUCGCAAUGAUCACCCUUUUCUCGAUUUGUUCUCCGAUUUCGACUCCAGGAAGGGCCCAAACAACCAACCCCAUGUUCCUGAGAUCACUCGUGAGAAGGUUGUAGGCUCUCGCACAGGAUUCGAACAGGCCAUCGAUACCCACAACGCCGGCCUUCCUUCCACCUCUCUCCCCCCUCGCUUCACCGAAGGUCCAAACCAUACAUCUGAGCCCGGCAUCGGCGCGCAGGUCGGUGAUGUUGAACAGACAACGGUCCACCCUCUCGGAGGUAACUUACCCGCUCAUUCUUCCCUAUCUAUUUUUGGUCCCACCUCUUUGGAAAUCUCCCAGGAUCAUGGCGCCAGCCAUCCGUUUAGCGUGGCCCAAUCGCUUUUCCAUAUUCCAGGCAGUUGGCCUGAUGAACCUCCAUUCGAUCUUAUUGCUAAUACCCCUAAAGGACGCGGAGACUCGACGGACGGGGGAUCCACCCCAGAAUUUCAACCCUAUAUGUCAGGUGCGCUGGCGGCUGCCACUCCCGCCGACAUUGCACCUCCCUCACAAGCUAUUGGUCCCACCGAUUCUUCUGGAAAGCUCGAAGUCGACCAGCAGACCACCAAUGGAUUUCAAAGCGAGCAGUCCUCUCCCUCAUGGCAGUUUUCGUGGGGCUCAUUGCAGAACACCCUUCACAAAGCUGCUAACAGUACCAUCGGUCGCGCCAUGACGCAGACCUUCAAUUUUGCCAUUGCUACUACCACAGCGCUUACCGGAAAUGUGACACAACGCGCGUUGAAGUUCUUUCAGAAUCGGCUUACUACCGCAACUCGUCGCACUGCGGCAGCCGCUGCAGCUUCUCCAACUCGAGCGAAUCUUCGUUCCUUUCCGGAAGAACAGCGACGUCGGAUCAAGAGCCACCAAUGGCGCAAGGAAAGAGGCUAUCCCACUGUUGAGGAUUACCCAUUCCCAGAUCUAUCUUUUGAUGUCCCACGAAGUUCGGCCGCCUCUAUAACCUCACCUGCAUUAGCUGCAGAGCCUCAACUCUCCUCGAUCACCAAGAAGCGCCUAGGAACAACUCCACGGCCUCGAAAGGGCAUUGGACGAAUCGGACCCCGUACAGCGACGCCAGCAAAAGGGAGUGUCCUCGGAGACUCCCGAAUUGGUUCGCUUAGGCGGUCUCGAGUCCAGUCCUUGAGUCCUCAACUGAAACGACGAAUGUUUGCGGGUGCCCACGUGAGACAGUCGAAACAGGCUCAGCGUAAGCGUGCGUUAAUGCAGGCGCUUCGAACAUCUGAAGAUGAGCCACUUCGGCCUUUGCCACUGUCCGCUACUGCAUUGCCAGAGCCUCAUAUCGGGCGGACACGUCCUACUCUCGCCAAGGCCAAGUUGCCGUCUGAACCUCAACGGAAGCCCAAGCAUGUUCGCUUCCAAGAACCUUUGACCGAAGUUCUGCCCUCCACAUCUGCACCGCUCCUUACGGAGCUGGCCCCUCACCUUACCCCAACGUCUCCUGAGAUUCACCGUGUUGCCCAGCCCAUAACAAAAAUUGAAGAAGAGAAAGAAAAUGUGCCCCCAGCCUCCACACUUCCCAAACAUGUGAAACCUCCGCGCGACGUAGAGGUCCAGGCCAAACGUGACGACUGGCUCCAUACCGAGUUCCCAUUCGGACGGCCCGUUUCCGCAGUGAGGCUGUUCUAUCCCGUCACAAAGCCACUUCCCCCGGGUCGCACAGAGUCUAUUUAUGCUCCUGCCUGGAGGAAGAUCGAAGAGGAAGACAAGAAAAAGCGCAAGCCUACUCGAGUGCGACUCGAAGGCCCAGCUGUCCGACCACUUCCAGAGAAAUGGGAAAUGAAGAUAUCCGAGAUCAAGGCCGUGGCUAACAACAAGCAAGUUGCUACAACUUUAGCCGGCGACCCUUUGACAAAGAGAGAUCUUGCCACUUGCUACACUCCUAUGGCAUGGCUGAACGACGAAAUCAUCAACUCAUAUCUCGCUCUGAUCGUCGACUAUCUCCGCCGCACUCAUGGCAACGCGGGGCGCCAUGAUAAACCUCGUUUCCACGCAUUCCAGACAUUCUUCUUUUCAAAUCUCCGCGACAAGGGCUACCAGUCCGUACGUCGCUGGGCAACACGCGCCAAGAUCGGAGGGGAAUCUCUUUUGAACGUGGAUACCGUGUUCAUCCCCGUGCACAACAGUGCACACUGGACACUGAUCGUCGUGAAGCCCGGAGAGAGAACCAUCGAGAACUUCGACUCUCUCGGUGCUCUCUCCCGGCGCCACGUGGGGCUGGUGCAGGGGUGGCUCCGUGCCGAGCUCGGCUCCCGUUACGUCGAAGAGGAAUGGACCAUCCUCCCGUCCAUAUCUCCGCAGCAGGACAACGGCAGCGACUGCGGCGUAUUUCUCCUGUCAACCGCCAAGGCGGUGGCCAUCGGUAUCGAGCCGCAGUCUUACGGCGCGAGGGACAUGGUCCUUUUACGCCGAAAGAUCGUGGCGGAGCUGAUGAACGGAGGACUGGAAGGGGAUUUCGAUCCUACUAGGGAUGGCCAGACGCUGCUAUAG